AUGCAAGGGGAUGAUGUUUCGACUGAUCCCUCCGCUUGCAGGGAUAUUCUGAGUGGUUUGGGCACCCCGUUUGAGGUUUUCCGGGCCCGCGGUUUGACUCAUGAGAAUUGGAUAAACCAACUCUCCUCCAUGAUUGUUGGGAGUUCCAUAAUGGCAAAUGCCAUAAUGGAAGACAACAAGGUUCUGGGCCGCAAAGAGGAGAAAACUGCUCGCCUGCGGGCUGAGGCUGAGGCGCUAGUUAAAGCUGCUCGAGAUGGUGCGGAGCAGCUUGAAAGAGAGAAAGCUGCUUUUGAGCAGUAUAAGCAGACUGAGGAGUGGGCUGCAACUGCUGGCCUUAAACAGGUUCGUACUCUCGCCAAGUUGCUUUCUGAUGAGCGCAAGGGUUGGAAAGAAUCUUGGGCAAAACAGAAUGAAACUCUUUACCGUGUUCGUCAGGAGGUCACUAAUCUUAAAGCGGCGAACGCUGCUUUGAUGAAGGAGAAGGCCGCAGCUGAGGCGGCUACCAAAGAGGCCAAGGGGGCGGAGGCCCGCGCUGCCAAGGCUCUUGAUGAGGCGAAUGCUGAACGCGCCAAUUUAAACAAAGCUGUUGAGGGCCUCAAGGUUGACGUGCAGAACCGGGUGACCAUUAUUGAGGAGUUCACUGCCCGCGCGGCCGAAGCUGAAGCGCGGGCAAGGGAGGCUGCCGAGGCUAGAGAUAGCCUGGUUUCUUCAUUUGAUCAGCUUAAGGCAGAUCGCGAUUGGAUGCGUGAUCACGGUAUCGAGCAUAUUGUUUGGACCAUUCUUGAUGCGCCCGAGAACACAGCUGCGGUAAAUAAGCUUAGGGAGCGCGCGCGUGAGGCGGAUUUCAAGGCUGGUAACGCUCGAUGCAUUAGUCACAUGAACCCCUUGUACCAAAGCAGAUUUACUGAUGAAAGGUCUGGGUUCCAAGGCGUAGAUACUGAAGCGCGGCUUGCUGCAGCUGUUGAAGCGUACAACAACCUGUCCAUUUCCGCCAUUAAUGAUAUUGAUAACUGCUUGGAGGCGGAGGAUUAUGUGGACCGCUUGCGGUUGUUGUUUAGUGAUCCUGAAGAGGAAGAGGAGGAAGAGACCGCUGGUAGUGGCAAGGGUGAUGCGGGUACCAGACUACCAGUGGUAUAA